AUGUCUCCUCGGGAGGAAGCUUCUGAGGUUUGGUCCGACUUUCGAACCGAAACUAGAAGAGGGCUCAAGGACUUGGACAAUCCCAUUAUUCACCCGUUUCAUUUUAUAUCCAAGAUAAUUCAGUGGCAGUUCCAAUUAUGCUUUAUCAUAUUUCAAUGGCUUGCAGACAAGAUAUUCUCCCCGACACCCCCGGGGCCGAGCACAAGGGUAGGGAGGCCUAAGGUUGCGAUUAUCGGUGCAGGCAUUACCGGUGUGACAUCAGCAGCUCAUUGCAUUGGCCACGGAUUCGACGUGGUGAUAUUCGAGGCUGGGGAUGAAAAGAGUCUAGGAGGCAUCUGGAGCAAAGUGAACAACACCUCGAGCUUGCAAAUCCAUUCAUUUAUGUAUAGAUUUCACCCGUCCGUCAAAUGGGAACAUGGCUAUCCAGACCGACGGCAGAUUAUCAGCCAGGUCAAACAGCUCUGGGAGAGAUAUGGACUGGAUAUGAAAACCAAAUUCAACACUCAAGUCGAAAAAGUCUAUAAAGAUGAGAAGGGCCGCUGGAUCAUCAAUAACCCCGCAAAUGGUAGAUUUGAAGGUAUCAUAGCAGCCGUAGGAACGUGCGGAGACCCCAAGAUGCCGAAGAUGGAUGGCAUGGAAACAUUCAAGAAUCCUGUUUAUCAUUCUAGCCAAUUGACUGGUGUUGACGCGAAAGAGAAAUCCAUGAUAGUUAUCGGUGGUGGUGCGUCGGCCGUAGAAGCUUUGGAAUAUGCUUCUGACGAGGGCGCAUCGAAGAUAUAUAUUCUAUCACGCAGCGACAAGUGGAUCAUUCCUCGCAACUGGCUUGUUGAUAUUUUGCUUUCCUUGAAUAUAUGGGGGCAGGAGACUAUCUUGUCUUCUAUCCCCGAGGCGCUUUUGAAGAAAUUCUUCUACCGAGACCUACAAGACUUAGCACCAAACGACAAGGGCAUAUUUAUGGACACGCCGAUGGUUAACUCUGAUGUCAUGGACAAACUCCGUUCCGGCCAAGUUGAGUGGAUACGGUGUGAUAUUGAAGGGUUUACCGAGACGGGAAUCUUAGUGAACAAGAGAGAUAAGGGGGUACCGAAGGGAGGCCCCGGCCGAAAGGUCAAUAUCAAAGGCGACAUGAUAGUCAUGGCGACCGGAUAUAAGCGGCCAUCGUUGAGUUUCCUUCCGGAUGACUGUUAUAGCGAGUCGUAUGGCCCGCCAAACUGGUAUCUCCAAACGUUUCCUCCGCAGCAUCCCUCCAUUUCGGCCAUCAACUGCACAUAUCUAUCGGCUAUUGGCACUGUUGGCAACUGGCAUAUCGGAAUAUAUACCCGGAUUCUGCUUAUGUUUCUCGUGGACCCCUUAACGCGCCCAUCUACCUUCUGGAUGAAACGCUGGAUCGAUAUGACCAAGGUCCUAAAAGCCACAGCCCCAACUGGUGCCUUUGACUUUUUUACGUACCUCGAACUACUCUGGUGGUUCUUUUUCUGCGUCACUAUCAACCCGUUCCGAUGGAAGUGGGCAUUCUUCGUCUUCUUCGGCUUGGGGUUUGCACUGCCUAAGCAUGUGGUGGCCGCGGAGGAUCAAGUCCGAAACGGUAUUGGACAUACUGGAGCUGACGAGCGAAGUAGAGACGAAGGCAAAAGCUUUUAG